UAGUGCGAGAUUAUAAAUUAUUACAUGGAAUGAAGCAGGAUAAUAGAAAUGGCUGGGGGCUGUUCAACAGGCGGAUAGUUGGACUCUGAUUAAACUUGGUGAACUGUUGUUGUUUCUGGUUGUAUGAGAUCUGGUUAUAGUCGCUAGCAUGUGAUGGAGGCUAUUUUACUUUCUGUUUGUUAUUUUCCUGCCUUUGAGGAAGACCUUCGAACCUUUGUCCUUGUUAUUGAUUUCAUUGAUGAAGUCAGGAGCAAUGCUCCUUCAUCUAUAAAAAUCACUUCCCUAACUUAUGCAAAAAAAAAAAUACUUUCUCCGAUCCAUAUUAAUUGUCGAAAUAUUACAUGUAUCUAAAUGCUUUUUAGGCAUAGAAACAUUCAUAUUUGGGCAAAUUUGAGACAAUUAAUAUGAAUCGAAAGGAGUAGUUUUUUAUGGAGUUUUCACUGGAUAUAUGGUAUUUUGCUCUAAAACAAAAGCCUAUGUGUUGAUAUAUAAUGUCACUCUCACCCAGCAACCAACUGAAUUCAGGAUAUGCAACUUUGAUGCCAGAUGCAUCAUCCAAGUGCCAGCUUUAAUGGACCCAACGUCGGGACUCGAUGCACUUACGCUAUGUAGAAAGGCAUGUCAGCAAGGGACCAAGAACACAUUCUUGGUUCCUCAACCGGACCCCUCGCCUCGCCCAGAAAAGCUGCUUAUAAAUUGUGCAUCCUCGUCAUCCCCAUGGCACAGCACAGGCAAAGCUCAACGACAAGCUUCAAGACAUUUGAAUCAAACAAUGGCAUUCAACUGCUACCCCUUGGUGUUUGCGCUGCUAUCACUGCUCUCGGCUGCUCCGCUGGCCAUCGUACUGGCCGGCGACCCGGACAUCCUCACGGACUUCGUGAUCCCAGCAAACGCCAACCCGGCCAACAUCACGGGCGACUUCUUCACGUACACCGGCUUCCGCGUCUCGAGCAGCACACCGAUCACGUCCAGUUUCACCGUGACCAAGGCCACCAUGAUGGAGUUCCCGGCGCUCAACGGGCAGAGCGUGUCCUACGCCAGGCUCACGUUCCCGCCGGGCUCCGUGAACCCGGCGCACGCCCACCCUCGCUCCGCGGAGCUGCUGCUCGUCGUGGACGGCGCGCUCUCCGUCGGGUUCGUCGACGCGGCCGCCGGCAGGCUCUACACGCAGGACCUGGCGGCGGGCGACAUGUUCGUGUUCCCCAAGGGGACGGUGCACUACCAGUACAACAUGGGAGGGCAGGACGCCGUGGCGCUCUCGGCGUUCGGUAGCGCGGCGGCCGGGCUCGUGUCCGUGCCCGUCGCCGUGUUCGAGACCGGCAUUGACGAUGCCGUCCUGGCCAAGUCGUUCAAGACCGACGAGGCCACGAUACAGAAGCUCAAGGCUGGCCUGGCCUUCCGGUGUUGUUAGUUAUACCGUACUUGGUUGAUGCUUGUCGUACGUACGUGUUGUCUUCCGGUCUUGUGGGUUGUGGCCUCUUCGUUGAUAUCUCAGUCAGCAACCCAUCGAAUUGUACUAUCUUUGUCUCCGUCUCAGUUCAAACAUAAUCUACGUACCAGUUAAAAUAUAUUUUUCUACCA